ACUAGCACUACGAGUCCGGCCGGGCGGCCCAGCCAGCACACAGCCGCACUCGCACACUGUCCACACAGGGGGAGGGGGGCGGGGCAAGUGAUAUCUGUUGCCCUGAGUGAGUCCCUGUCCCUGACUACUGUCUCUAGACUAAACGAGCGCCGCGGCCGCCGGCCGGCACCCGCAGGGUGGACGCGGCAGGAUCAAGUAACAAGCACAUCUUCAUCUUCCAGCGAGGCCAGGAGCUCUCCUCCAUGAUCACGACGCCACCAGGAUGUGUCAGACUCUAUGGAGGAGAGUUGUCCCGGUCAACCCAGACCCAGAGGAACAGGGGAGGAGGAAGUUGGGGGUGGAGGAGAAACGAGAGGUCAUAAACGAUCUUCCAGAGGACGCCGUGGAGCACGCGGCGGUCGUGGUCGUAAGGCAUGAGGAGGACUUUGAACAAUUUUAUAUCGACAAUGACCUCCUCAUCCAGAUGGUGGAGGAGCGUACACUGUUGUGGGACCACACCGACCGCUGCCAUGCAGACCAUCAUCUAACUCGGCCCCUCUGGAACGAGAUAUGUGCGGCCAUUCGGCCCAACUGGGAUAACCUCAGAGAAAGGCAACAGGGCCAAUGCCGGGAUACAAUCAUGGUUCGGUGGCGCUCAAUCAGGGACCGCUACAAGAAGGCCUUUAAUGAGGAACUUUGGCGCCCAAGUGGGUCGGGAGGAACCUCAAGGCAUGAAUACCGCUAUUCUGCCGCCUUGGGGUUCCUACGAAGAACCCUAGAGAUGCGAAGAACAGCAAGCAGCACUCUGGAGCCCGAAGUUCCUCAAGAGGCAGUCCCUGAAGAGCAAGCCACCGCGGGUCCCUCUCAUCCUGCUCCUACUGCUGGCAUUCUGCUGGGGAAACACAGCGACGGAAAGCGACGUCUUGUCUUUGAAUGUAAGGUGACAGACGUUGUAAAAGAUCAUCAAAACUUUCUACCGUCAUCCAGGUUAUUGGAUGCACCCAAUAGUGACGCUUUCUGCGCCGUCUGGCUCGAAGAUGUCUUCUCCAGCGUGAAACCAGAAUAAGAGCCUGAAAUCCAAAACGAAUAUGGUCCGGCAUCAUCUUUGCAAUCUGCAGAAGGAACUUUUGAGUGUUCACUGAAUGUAUAAAGAGCUUCAGUGUCGUCUAGGAUCAAUUAUCAGUGAGCAGCUGAAAUUAGACCUGUAUGGCUUAUGUCUCCUCCCAGUUCACACCUACUGUACCUGCAGGU